GGGCGGAGCGGUGCCCUGCCCCCGACAUGCCAGCCGGGCCCAUCGGCGCAGGUAUUGCUUGGUGUGUAGCAUAGAGGCACUAUGUACUCAGAGUGGAGGUCCCUGCAUCUCGUUGUCCAAAAUGAUCAGGGUCACACGAGUGUACUUCACAGCUAUCCUGAUAACGUGGGGAGAGAGGUGGCAAAUGCAGUGGUGCGUCCUCUUGGGCAAGCCUUAAAUACACCGUCGGCAGCUGGGAGCGAGAGUUUACUAAAAACAGAUAAAGAAGUAAAAUGGACCAUGGAGGUGGUUUGUUAUGGACUGACCCUCCCAUUGGAGGGCGAUACUGUGAAGUAUUGUGUUGAUGUGUAUACUGACUGGAUUAUGGCUCUUGUAUUACCUAAAGACUCCAUUCCUUUACCUGUUAUUAAGGAACCAAACCUUUAUGUUCAGAGCAUUCUCAAACAUCUACAAAAUCUCUUCGUACCAAGGCAGGACCCGGGGUCCAGUCAGAAUAGACUAUGCUUGCAGGUUUUGAAGGCUGUCCAGAAAUUGGCUCGUGAGUCAACCAUCAUGGCUCGAGAAACUUGGGAGGUUUUAUUAUUGUUUCUCCUACAGAUUAAUGACACUCUUCUGGCAGCUCCCACUGUGCAAGGUGGCAUUGCUGAGAAUCUGGCUGAGAAACUGAUUGGUGUGCUGUUUGAAGUGUGGUUGCUAGCUUGCACUCGGUGCUUUCCAACACCCCCUUAUUGGAAAACUGCCAAAGAAAUGGUGGCCAACUGGCGGCAUCACCCUGCUGUAGUGGAGCAGUGGAGCAAGGUUAUCUGUGCCCUUACUUCCAGAUUACUGCGUUUUACAUAUGGACCUUCAUUUCCUCCAUUUAAAAUUCCUGAUGAAGAUGCCAGUCUGAUUCCUCCUGAAAUGGACAACGAGUGCAUUGCACAGACUUGGUUUCGCUUUUUACAUAUGCUGAGUAAUCCAGUGGAUUUGAGUAACCCAGCCAUUAUAAGCUCUACCCCCAAAUUUCAGGAGCAGUUUCUGAAUGUGAGUGGAAUGACUCAAGAAUUGAAUCAGUAUCCCUGCCUUAAACAUCUGCCUCAUAUAUUCUUUCGUGCCAUGCGUGGGAUCAGCUGUUUAGUGGAUGCGUUCCUAGGCAUUUCACGACCCCGGUCAGACAGUGCUCCCCCCACACCAGUAAAUAGGUUGAGCAUGCCCCAGAAUACUGCUAUCAACACAACUCCACCUCAUAACCGAAGGCAUCGGGCCGUGACUGUGAAUAAGGCAACAAUGAAAACCAGCACUGUUAGCACUGCUCACACAUCAAAAGUGCAGUACCAGCCGUCGUCCUCCACCUCUCCAUUGUCUAGCCCAAACCAGACUAGUUCUGAGCCUCGACCGCUACCAGCUCCCCGCAGGCCAAAGGUUAACAGCAUCUUGAACCUCUUUGGAUCAUGGUUAUUUGAUGCAGCAUUUGUUCACUGUAAACUUCAUAAUGGAAUAAAUAGAGACAGCAGCAUGACUGCUAUAGCAACCCAAGCUAGCAUGGAGUUUCGUCGGAAAGGAUCACAAAUGUCCACAGACACCAUGACUUCCAAUUCCACAUUUGAUUCAAGUGAAUUUCCUGAUAACUAUGAAGCAGGAAGAGCAGAGGCAUGUGGAACACUAUGUAGGAUAUUUUGUAGCAAGAAGACUGGGGAGGAUAUACUGCCAGCCUACUUAUCCCGAUUUUACAUGCUUUUAAUUCAGGGUUUGCAGAUAGCAGAUUUCAUUUGCCACCCAGUGCUGGCCAGCAUUAUUCUAAACUCUCCUCCGUUGUUCUGCUGCGACCUGAAAGGGAUUGAUGUUGUGGUUCCUUACUUCAUUUCUGCCCUUGAAACGAUUUUACCGGACAGAGAGCUCUCAAAGUUUAAAACCUAUGUAAACCCUACAGAGCUGAGAAGAUCCUCUAUCAAUAUUUUGCUGUCAUUGUUGCCUCUCCCUCAUCAUUUUGGGACCAUAAAAUCUGAGGUUGUCCUGGAAGGAAAAUUCAGCAAUGAUGACAGCUCAUCAUCAUAUGAUAAACCAGUAACCUUCCUAUCCUUGAAGUUGAGGCUUGUGAAUAUACUAAUAGGAGCUUUGCAAACUGAAACAGACCCCAACAACACUCAAAUGAUACUAGGAGCGAUGUUAAAUAUUGUUCAAGACUCAGCACUUUUAGAAGCCAUUGGCUGUCAGAUGGAAACGAAUGGUGGAGAAAAUAACCUUUUGAAAAACCACCGUCGCACUAACAGUGGCAUUAGUACAGCAAGCGGAGGAAGCACGGAGCCCACAACUCCAGAUAGUGAGAGACCAGCACAAGCACUUCUAAGAGAUUAUGCUCUUAAUACAGAUACAGCGGCUGGACUACUGAUUCGCAGUAUUCACCUGGUAACACAAAGACUCAACUCACAGUGGAGACAGGACAUGAGUAUCUCACUAGCUGCAUUAGAGCUUCUUUCUGGAUUGGCAAAGGUGAAGGUGAUUGUUGAUUCAACUGAUAGAAAGCGAGCUAUCAGUUCAGUAUGCAGUUACAUUGUGUACCAGUGCAGCCGUCCAGCUCCACUCCACUCUAGAGAUCUUCACUCCAUGAUCGUUGCAGCAUUUCAGUGCCUCUGUGUCUGGCUCACUGAACAUCCCGACAUGAUGGAUGAGAAGGACUGUUUAAAAGAGGUGUUGGAGAUUGUGGAAUUGGGCAUCUCAGGAAGUAAAUCCAAAAACAGUGAACAAGAGGUCAAGUACAAAGGAGAUAAAGAACCAAAUCCUGCGUCAAUGAGGGUGAAGGAUGCAGCUGAAGCUACAUUAACAUGUAUUAUGCAGUUACUUGGAGCAUUUCCUUCACCCAGUGGCCCUGCCUCUCCUUGCAGCCUGGUGAAUGAAACCACCUUAAUUAAAUACUCCCGUCUACCUACCAUUAACAAACACAGCUUCCGCUACUUUGUCCUUGAUAAUAGUGUCAUCCUGGCAAUGUUGGAGCAGCCUUUAGGGAAUGAGCAAAAUGACUCUUUCCCCUCUGUCACGGUUCUGAUCCGUGGGGUGUCUGGAAGACUUGCGUGGGCCCAGCAACUUUGCCUUUUGCCAAGAGGAGCUAAAGCAAAUCAAAAGAUGUUUUUACCAGAACCUCGACCAGCUCCUAAAAAUGAUGUUGGACUCAAAUACAGUGUGAGACACCGGCCCUUUCCUGAGGAGGUGGACAAGAUCCCCUUUGUGAAAGCUGACCUGAGCAUUCCAGACUUGCAUGAAAUUGUUAAUGAGGAAUUGGAAGAGCGGCAUGAGAAGCUGAGGAAUGGUAUGGCCCAACAGAUCACUUAUGAGACUUCUAUAGAUCAGCAGAGUGAAGAGGAGUGGCGCAAGAAGAGUUUCCCUGACCCAAUCACUGAGUGUAAGCCCCCACCUCCUGCCCAGGAAUUCCAGACAGCACGCCUCUUCCUCUCGCACUUUGGAUUCCUGUCACUAGAGGCACUGAAGGAAACUGCUAACAGCCGUCUACCUCCUCAUCUGAUUGCACUUGACUCUGCUCUCUCUGGGUUUUUUGAUGACCUUGGUUACUUGGAUCUACUGCCAUGUCGUCCUUUUGAUACAGUUUUCAUUUUCUACAUGAAGGCAGGCCAGAAAACAAGCCAGGAGAUUCUGAAGAAUGUAGAGUCUUCCAGAAAUGUUCAGCCACACUUCCUAGAAUUCUUACUAUCUCUUGGCUGGGCCGUAGAUGUGGGAAAGCACCCUGGUUGGACUGGGCAUGUUUCAACAAGUUGGUCCAUUAACAGUUGCAGUGAUGAAGAGGGACCCGAGCAAGAUGAAAUCGUUUCUUCAGAAGACACCGGAGCGAGCAUAUUCAAUGGGCAGAAGAAGGUUCUGUAUUAUGCUGAUGCCCUUACAGAAAUAGCAUUCGUUGUUCCCUCCCCAGUGGAGUCCUUAACUGAUUCAUUGGAAAGCAAUGUCUCAGACCAAGAAAGUGACUCUAACAUGGAUCUUCUGCCUGGGAUACUAAAGCAGCCAUCUCUGACACUUGAACUCUUCCCCAAUCAUACAGACAAUCUCAAUUCCUCGCAGCGGCUCAGUCCUACUUCCAGAUCAAAGAAGUUGCCUCAGGGCCGGACCAUUCCACCAAUGGGACCUGAAACCAAGGUGUCUGUGGUCUGGGUUGAACGUUAUGAUGAUAUAGAAAACUUUCCCCUCUCUGAUCUGGUUUCUGAGACCAGCACUGGUGUAGAAACUACAUCAAAUAGUAGCACUUCCCUAAGAUCAACCACUCCUGAAAGAGAAGUUCCUGUAGUUUUCAUCCAUCCCUUAAACACUGGGUUAUUCAGAAUAAAAGUGCAAGGCGCUACUGGGAAAUUCAACAUGGUCAUCCCCCUGGUGGAUGGAAUGAUAGUUAGUAGGCGAGCUCUUGGUUUCUUAGUGAGACAAACAAUAAUAAAUAUUUGUCGGAGAAAGAGGCUGGAAAGUGAUUCAUACAACCCUCCACAUGUCCGCCGAAAACAGAAAAUAGCUGACAUUGUCAAUAAAUACAGAAACAAGCAGCUGGAGCCAGAGUUUUAUACCUCACUUUUCCAGGAGGUUGGGCUCAAGAACUGCAAUCCCUAGACCAAUAUCCUUCCAGGACAAUUAGAUCAGAGCUUGGUGGCUACAGUAAUUGAAACAGUUAGACAACCAAAAAAACCCAAACCACCCUGCAAAAAAAUCUCCCCCUCAGUCCUCCAGAGUAGAGAGAAAUGACUCAGUGGAUACCAUGCAGGAGGAGUCAGGAAUGAAUAGGCUUUCAACCUUCAACAUCCUAAUAAGACCACAUCUUUGAACACAACUCCAUGUCCCCUCCACAAGAGGAGGCAGAAAUUAUCCCACUUUCACCAUUUAAACAUUUUCCCAUUCUGUUAGAAAAAAUAUAGCAAGUAUGUCUGAGAGAGGCUUGAAUGCGGCCCUGACAGCUUCCCGAGUUCAAAGAAAAUUACGGGUUCCAGGUGUAGGUUCAGGAACUAACAGUUGGGGCUUCCUUCCUCGCUGCUCCAGGAGAUUCGGUUCAAGAACUAAACCUGAGACUAGUUCCUUACAAGACCAGAAAUCAAGAACAUGGUAGCUGGGAUAUUAACUUGCCUUGUCCACUCACCCACCUACAACCAACCACUGCAUUCCACACCAGUCCUCCUGGAUACUCGAAACAUCAUCUCUUAGCACAACCUUCAUUCUCACCUAAUUACAGGAAGGAACAAAUAAAUAUCUCAUCCAGUGAGAAGGACGCACUGAAUACAGACCUCCAUCUCUGCACAGGGGGAUGGAAAAUGAAAUACAGAUAAACCUGGCCCCCACAUCUGAACGAAAGGUGUCUGAGUACACACAUGCACAAAAGAAGAAA